UUAUUCAUUCUGACAGUUUCGAAUUUAUGCAUUAAGUUACAACAUGCGUCGACAAAUGGUCAAAUUUCUAUGUUCCGUAGGAAUUAUUAUUGCUUCCAUUUAUUCUGUGUUGACUCUUCGGAAAAUUCGUGCAAAAUAUGGAGCAUUCCAUGAGGAACUUGUUAACGGUAUACUAACAGAAACAUAUUUUACAAAUCAAAUACGAGAGGUCCAACAAGUCACAACAGUACAUAAACAGGAAAGUUUUGAUACACCUGUCGGACCAAAUCCACUUCAGAAUGGCACCGACAUAAAUGACAUGAUAUGCAAACGGUUCUAUGAGCGGAGCAAUAUACUAAAUACAGCUUGUAGUGCCUCUAAAGAACGGCAGACAUACAGUGAUUGUGAUGAGAAAGCUGUAAAACAAAACCUGAAAUAUUCAAAGAAAAGUAACAUUAUGUACUGUGCCAUAGAAAAGGCGGGAAGUACGUUUUGGAAACGUAUUCUGUACGUUCUAGGGGAAGAAGGCAGUGUUUCCAAUCCUACCCAUAUCAAAACUAUCGAAGCAGAGUACAGCAAGGAAAGGUUUUGUGACAUGUCAGACAAUAACUGGGAAGAAAUAGAAAAAGUUUUGGCAAUGUCUACAAGUAUUAUGUUUGUGAGGGACCCAUAUGCACGUUUGUUCUCUGCUUGGCUAGAUAAAUUCUAUUCCCCAAACAUAAUAUAUUGGAAUUCCACUGGUCAAGUGAUAGCUAAAUCACAACGAAAAGUCUUCACUGGUGGAUGUAUAUGUGAUAUAACAUUCACCGAGUUUGUGAACCAUACGGUUGAUGAAAUUUUGUCCGGAAAUAAGUGCGUUGAUCGUCAUUUUUCUCCAAAUUACAAACAUUGCAACCCUUGCAAAUUAACGUAUGACUAUAUUGGUAAAUACGAAACAAUGAAAGAAGAUACACUUUAUAUUUUAAACGCUUUGAACCUCAAAGAAAAUGUAACAUUUACACAGUUCGAUGAAGAUGCAGCUUUUGAUGCUAUAAAAGACGCUGCUGAUUGGGUAUUUUACCAAAGAGACAAAAUUUCCGAAUGUGGACUUUCAUUUACUUGCGCCAUGUUUAGAGUUUGGCAAAGACUUCAAAGCCGUGGUGUUAUCAGUAAUUCAAUUCCAUUUCCAUUUUUGUCUGGGAAAAUAACAAUUACACGCGACGACUUUGAAACUGCUUUACGAACGGCGCAUAGUGACAGUAAUCACGACGAACUGAAAUGUAACCGGAAAGAGGCUAUGAGUCAGGCGCUUACGUCACUUCCGGAGCACGUUCGACAGAAGACGAUACAGGCUUUUAGAAGAGAUUUUGAUUUGUUUGGAUAUGAUCGUGAACCAGAAAUUGAAGAAUAUGUCGAAAAUAAAUACUUUGAGAAAUGUCCACCAGAUAUAUAGAUAAAUUGCUUGUGAAAAUAUUCUUUUGAAGAAACUUCAUAAAUUUAUUUAUUUUUCUAUAUUUUGUAAUGUUGUUUGUUAUUGUUAUUAUAUUGUUCAAGCAGGUGUUAUUUAUUGUAUGUUCGAGUUGCAUUACUUCAUUUUCAGUUUUAAAUGUGUAUGAUAUACGCUUAUCUUUUCCGUCACACUUUUUGUUUUGAUUGCAUGAGAACUAUUCUUUCCGUAGCUGUUGGUUUAGUCAG